GCCCGGGAGCCGCCGCCGGGAUGUGACCUUCAGCGCUGCCUGGACGGGAUGAGCGGAGCCCCUGCCCCGCGGCGCCCGCGGCUCGCCACGGCCUCCCGGGCGCCCUGACCGCGCGCUCCCGGCCGCCUGCCCGGCUCCCGGCCCGGCCCGGCCCCGCCAUGCCGCCACCGCUCGGGCCCGCCGCCGCCCUGGGCACCGCGCUGCUGCUGCUCCUUCUGGCCUCCGAGUCCGCGCACACCGUGCUACUGCGGGCGCGCGAGGCAGCGCAGUUCCUGAGGCCCAGGCAGCGCCGCGCCUACCAAGUCUUUGAGGAGGCCAAGCAGGGCCACCUGGAGAGGGAGUGCGUGGAAGAGCUGUGCAACAAAGAAGAGGCGCGGGAGGUGUUCGAGAACGACCUCGAGACGGACUAUUUUUAUCCACGAUACCUAGAGUGCAUCAGUAAAUAUGGAUCUCCAUAUACCAAAGACCCAGAUUUCAUCACAUGCGUUCAGAACCUGCCUGACCAGUGCACCCCAAACCCCUGCAGCAGGGAGGGAACCCAAGUCUGCCAAGACCUCAUGGGCAACUUCUUCUGCCAGUGCAGAGCUGGCUGGGGAGGCCGGCUCUGUGACAAAGAUGUCAACGAGUGUGAUCAACAGAAUGGGGGCUGCAGCCAGGUCUGCCACAACAAGCCAGGCAGCUUCCACUGCACCUGCCACAGUGGCUUUGCACUAGCCCCCGACGGCAGGACCUGCCAAGAUAUAGAUGAGUGUAUAGACUCAGACGCCUGCGGGGAGGCACGCUGCAAGAAUCUGCAGGGCUCCUACUCCUGCCUCUGUGACAAGGGCUACACGUACAGCAACCAGGAGAAGGCCUGCCGAGAUGUGGACGAAUGCCAGCAGGGACGCUGUGAGCAGACCUGUGUCAACACCCCUGGCAGCUACACCUGCCACUGUGACGGGCGUGGGGGGCUCAAGCUGUCUCCAGACAUGGACACCUGUGAGGACAUCUUGCCGUGUGUGCCCUUCAGCAUGGCCAAGAGCAUGAAGUCCUUGUACCUGGGCCGCAUCUUCAGCGGGACACCUGUGAUCAGACUACGCUUCAAGAGGCUGCAACCUACCAGGCUGGUGGCUGAGUUUGACUUCCGAACCUUUGACCCAGAAGGGAUCCUCCUCUUUGCUGGAGGCCAUUUGGAAAGCACCUGGGUCGUCCUGGGUCUGCGGGCCGGGAGGCUGGAGCUGCAACUGCGUUACAAUGGUGUGGGCCGCGUCACCAGCAGUGGGCCGGUCAUCAAUCAUGGCAUGUGGCAGACGAUCUCUAUUGAGGAGUUGGAACGGAAUCUGGUGAUCAAAGUCAACAAGGAUGCAGUCAUGAAGAUCGCGGUGGCUGGGGAGCUGUUUCAGCAGGACAGGGGCCUAUAUCACCUGAACCUCACCGUGGGAGGUGUUCCCUUCAAGGAGAAGGACCUUGUCCAGCCUAUUAACCCUCGUCUGGAUGGCUGCAUGAGGAGCUGGAACUGGCUGAACGGGGAGGACGGCACCAUCCAAGAAACGGUGAAGGCGAACACGAAGAUGCAGUGUUUCUCCCUGACGGAGAAAGGGUCCUUCUUCCCAGGGAACGGGUUUGCCUUCUACAGCCUUGGCUACACUCGGACAUCCCCAGACAUCGGGACAGAAACCACCUGGGAAGUACAAGUUGUGGCUCGGAUCCGCCCUGCCACCGACACAGGGGUGCUGUUCGCACUGGUGGCCGAUGACCAUACCGUACCCCUCUCUGUGGCCCUGGUUGACUACCACUCCACAAAGAAGCUCAAGAAGCAGCUGGUUGUCCUGGCAGUUGAGGACAUUGCCCUGGGCCUGAUGGAGAUCAAAGUGUGUGAUGGUCAAGAGCAUUCGGUCACUGUCUCCCUGAGGGAGGGCGAAGCCACCCUGGAGGUGGACGGCACCAAGGGUCAGCGUGAAGUCAGUGCUGCCCUGCUGCAAGAGAGGCUGGCCACGCUCAAGGCACACCUGCAGGGCUCCAUGCUCACCUUCAUCGGGGGCCUGCCAGAUGUGCCGGUGACUUCCACACCCGUCACGGCGUUCUACCGUGGCUGCCUGACACUGGAGGUCAACGGGAAGCUUUUGGACCUGGAUGAGGCUGAGUACAAGCACAGUGACAUCACCUCACACUCCUGCCCACCCGUGGAGUACACCACUCCCUAGACUUGCUGCCCCAGGACCUAAAAGCAAGAGGCCCACAUGCUCCCCUCCAGGGAGAAGGAAGGGAGAGGUGGGCGCCUUGCCCCAACACUGGCGUGGGCCAGGCCACCUGACUUUGCCAGCUGCUUUCCUUUGAGAUCUUUCUUUGCCUUGUAACAUAUCUGUACAUAGUGGGACUGGUAUUGGAGGUCAGAGGCCACACGACUGGUCACUCAGCCUGUGAGCUGCAGGCACAGGGAUGGGUGUGGAAGGGCCAGCUUGCAGCAGAGUGGACUUAAAGAAAAUAAUUCUUUGUUAUUUUUAUUACCACAUGC